ACCAAAUCAUCAUCUACCCAUCUCCAGCUUCCCGGCCUUCAAUUACUUCUGCCCCCGGAGAGACACCAAUAUACUAUACAUAAAUUUUUGGAUCAAGUUGAGAAAUUAGAACAAGAACAGGUAUUUCCAUUGAGAUGGAGAACUCAGCAAGGCAAGAUGUUAAAAUAGAACACCUAACUUUAUCAAACAGUUCCAUGCUUCCACGCGAUCAGGUGGUAAUUUCCAUUCAAGGAUUGUUAAGAGAGUUACAUCCCCUAUCAAAUGAGUACUGUAUCUACAGAGUUCCUGAGGCGAUUCGUAAGGUCAAUGGAGAAGCAUAUACACCAAAAGUAGCAUCAAUCGGUCCACUUCAUCGCUGCAAUGCUCGCCUGCAAACCAUGGAAGAGCACAAAUUAAGGUACCUGGAGAUUUUUAUUUUACGGACUAGUGUGGGUGUGGAGGGUUGUGUUCAAGUUGCAAGAAACUGUGAGGGAAGAGCCCGCCGUUGUUAUGCAGAAGCCAUUAAACUGAGCAGUGAUGAGUUUGUUGAAAUGAUUUUAGUAGAUGGUUGUUUCAUCAUUGAGUUUCUUUUGAGGUAUUACUUCCUCCUUUCAGCAUUCAGUAUGCGUGAUCAGAGUGAUUACAUAUUUGGACAAAGUUGGUUCUUCUGUUAUGUGGCUGAUGACUUGUUAUUACUUGAGAAUCAGCUUCCCCUCUUUGUUCUCGAGGACUUAUUUAGUUUAGUGUCCAUAAAUAAUAUCACCAACGACAUUGAAUCAGAGGGCAAAACGCUUUCCAUUGUCGACCUAGCUCUCCAUUUUGUAAAGAAGAAAUCUUGCUGGAUUCUGAAUUAUCAUCAGACUCCUGAUAGUAAUAAAAUUUACCUUGGCAAAGCAAAGCAUUUGGUUGAUUUGUUAUGGUUACACUGCAAGCCCUCACUUCCAAGAAAUAACCGCAAUUGUGAAGUGGGACUGGGAGCAGCAACUAAGCACUCAACAAGUGCAACAAGGCUCCUGGAGGCUGGAAUUAAGUUCAAGAAGGGGGAAAGCUGUAGCAUAUUCGACAUAAAAUAUCUUUCAGGUGGAGUUGUUGAAAUUCCGCUAUUAAGAAUCCAGGACGGAACAGAAUUCAUGUUCCGAAAUCUCAUUGCCUAUGAGCAAUGUCAAGGCAAAUAUGAUUACAUCACUGAGUACAUGACCCUACUUGUUGAUAUCAUUAACACCACAAAGGAUGUGGAACUGCUUGUUCGCCAGGGGAUCAUCGCCAAUGCAGUGGGCAACAGCCAAGACAUCUCCACCCUUUUUAGCAGUAUCGGCACCGGGAUCAUCAUUGGCCACAGGAUCUAUUAUUCUCAACUUUGUGAAAACUUGAACGCGUACUGCCGGACCCCUUGGCACUCGUGGAAGGCUACUCUGCAGAGGGACUACUUCAACACGCCAUGGACAGUUUUUUCUACCAUCGCAGCACUUGCACUUGUAAUCCUUGCUUUCAUACAAACUCUCUGUUCUAUUAUAUCCCUCCCAAAAUAGCGUGAGAAUCUUCAUUUUUACUUUCAUUAAUUUUUGACAUUCUACCAUUAAAUGGAUAUGUAUGUAUACAAUUCAAAGGUUCUAUUUAUGAUUGAAAAAAUCAAUCAGCAAACAAUUUUUGUGAA